UUCUUUUUAGUUAGAAUUAUGUGGGUGAAACCAGACAAUCACUGUGCUCUUGAAUAAAAUGAAACAGGAGAAUGAUAAAAGACAAAAAUACUCUUUCACAAAGCGACCACUCUCUCUAUGUUGCCUGAUUCGUUUUAAGGUUAAUGUUUGGAUUGAUGGCCAAUUGAUUUGACUGCGAUAAGGUUCUUACCCCAGAGUCAGGCUAUGCAGAACUAAAACCAUGAAGUUCAAUAUCUUUUGGGAGCCUCAUGGUGGAGGGCAAGGACACUCACACUGAGGGCCAAGUAAAGCCUUAAAUAUCUUUAUUAGAAUAAUGAACAAAGCCAGAAAAGCUCCAAGCUACAUCAAAAGAUAUAGUAUUGGGGCUAGCUGUGGUUUCACUCUUUGCAUAAACUCUUAGAUCUGCAUACUCACACCCUUCCUUGAGGACCUGGUGGUAAAUGAUUCCGAUGGUCCAGGUUCCUCUCUGAGUUGCAGGUCAGAUGGUAGAAAGCGCAUAACAAAAGGUGGAGAACUCCCUCCACAUGAUUGUCUUAUUAUAGGUCCCAUGCCACUGCCCAACCCACCGUGCCCAAAUCUAGGUUUCACCCACAUAAUGUUGAGGUGUAGUUACCCUAUAGGUUAACAUAUUACACAUAUGAUAUGUGUAAAUGUCAUCUUAGCUUAUCAUCAUUCUCAUCACCCCUUGCCAAAAUGGAUCUUGCGGGGUUCACUUCCAUGUACUUUGUGGCAGCCAUUUACUGUUAAGUUCCAACUUCUGCCGUUGAGCAAGCUCCUUACUUCCUGCAAAAAUCUGUGGGGUAACUGUUACACCAUUUAUCUAUGCCAAAGGUUACAGGCCUAUUAUACUUCACUAUACUUAUGCCAGUAUAUGCUAACUUACUUACUUAAGCCAAAUGGUUUUCCAGGAUACAAGUCUGUAGAUUCUUUGUGUUACAGUUGAAUAUAUGAAAGCAGAGUCUAAUAAAGACAAUGGAGUGAAUAUAAUAAAGGCAAGCUAGCCCUGUGGACUACAGACCUAUCGGUCCUAAUCCUCAAAGGAAACCUUUUAACAGCACUUUCAAAAGAUAUGUCUGGGAGCUUAAAUUCAUUACUCUGCUAGACACCAAAAAUCAUGGACUGCAGAGAGACACUGGAUUAAUGUCUUAUUUCAACAAUCUGUAACCCACUAACCCCCUCGUUUGUCCUAUGACUGCAGAGGUAUUAAAGGGCCACUUUACAUUGAAUGGUCCCAUACAAUAUGUGCCAACUACUUAUGCUAAACAAUCUGUUCCACCUUUCAUUUUGCUGUGAUCUGGGAGUUCCUUUCCAAGCCCUGAAGGAGAACUAGGUGUGACUCAAAAAUGUCUCACUCUCUCAUCAACAGAUGUUGGUCCAAUAAAAGUUAUUAUCUCGCCCAUCUUGUCUCUCUAAUAUCCUGGAACUGACACAGGUAUAGCUACACUACAUACAACAUUCAUAAUGCUUAGAUAUCCUUGUAAAUGUAGAGCAGAGUGGAUGUGUGUCUAUAUUACAUAGGAGGGCAUGUUAGGUAGAAAGUUUCUUUUCUUUUAACUCUAACUUUAUUGUCAUUUCUAAUAGGGUCCCAUUUAUAUUGUCUUCUAGAGUGUUGUCUCUAACUUCUGCUUCAAGACAGUACAUUUUACUUUGAUUUAUUAGUAUAAAGUUUUGACCAGUUGCAUUACCAGUUUGUGUUGCCACAUGACUAGAAUUAACAAUAAGAAUACUUAAUUUUCACUGCAUUGAUUUUUGUCUAGUGGGAAGUCUGUGCAUGUGUAAAACCACUAUGAAACCCAAAAGAGCAAGGAUUUUAUAGUCACCUUCCAGCUCAACACAACUUACAAUACAAUUAGGACAGAUUGUUAUUAUUAGAUUAAACAUAAAAUAGAAUUAAGAUAAUCUAUUUUAAGUGCACAACAUACCUGUAAAGAGUUGCUUUUAGCAGUUGCAGAAACAUAUAAUUACCAAAUAAAUUACAUGUUGUUUUUUGUAUGAUACUAAUUAUGUGUUCUGGGUAAACUGUGUGGGCAGAAAUGUCUAAAUUGCAUGAUGAAUUGUGAUGGAGCUUAGCCCCAUCACCUGUAAGGUAAGGGUAAAUACCUAUUAAUUAUGCCUUGCACCUGGGAAGUGGUUGAUUAAUUGCCUCCUGGCAGAGGAGGUGGAGCGAGGUUGUUUAAGGAGCUCAGCCCAGAGUGGAGAUCCAGGAGACAGAGAUGGUAUAGGGAGUUCCUUCUUCCUAGGAAGGCUUGUUAGAGCGAGGCUAGCUGUGACUAGGAAUCAGAGCUGAAGGAGUAGGGGUUAACUCUUGUGGUGGGACCCUUGAGUGGAAAGGUGCAUGAAGGUAGGCUAUGUGAAGGACCAGGGAAUGAGGAAGAAGCCCAGGAGGGGAGAAGGACUUUUUUUAUUGUUGACCCCUGGAAGGCAAUCAAACUGUUUUGUGACUUGGCUGGAGAGCUGAGCCACAGAAUAACCAGGAAGGCAAUACAAAGAAGGGGUUGACUGGGAUGGACUGUUGUGGCUGAGGAAGAAGUUGCCAGAGGGCGUGUGAGAAACAAUGCUGCAUCUGGCUGUGAGGGGAUGCCCUAGAGAUAAGGACACGUGUUUAUAAGCACCUCAUUGGGAAGAGAGGGGACCUGUAUGUUCAUCUGUUUUCACAUGAUGAAUGAUAUCAGAAACGAUGCAGUUUCCUUAAGGAUGUGAUGUCCACAUUCUUCCAGUUUGGGGCGUCUAUCCAGCAGGAAGCCAUUGUCAUGCUGAAAGUGAUGCAAGAUUAUGACUGGCAUGUCUUUUCCCUGGUGACCAGCACCUUUCCUGGAUAUCGGGACUUCAUAAGUUUCAUCAAGACCACAGUGGAAAACAGUUUUGUGGGCUGGGACAUGCAGAAUGUGAUCAUACUUGAUACUGCCAUUGGAGAUGCCAAGACCCAGAUUCAGUUGAAGAAAAUUCAUUCAUCUGUUAUCCUGCUUUAUUGUUCCAAGGAUGAAGCUGUUUACAUUCUUGAUGAAGCCCGUUCCCUAGGCCUUACAGGCUAUGAUUUCUUCUGGAUAGUCCCCAGCCUGGUUAGUGGCAACACAGAAAUCACUCCCAAAGAAUUUCCUUCAGGGCUAAUUUCAGCAUCCUAUGAUGAAUGGGACUACAGUUUAGAAGCUCGGGUGCGGGACGCUCUUGGGAUUAUCAGCACAGCUGCAUCAGCCAUGUUGGAAAAGUACUCCUUCGUUCCAGAAGCAAAAACCAGCUGCUAUGGACAACUAGAGAAGACUGAUCGACCAUCUCACACACUACACAAGUUUAUGAUGAAUGUGACUUGGGAAGGUAAAGAUUUGUCCUUCACAGAAGAUGGCUACCAGGCACACCCAAAGCUGGUGGUGAUAGUGCUGAACAAGGACCGGAAGUGGGAGAAGGUGGGAAAAUGGGAGAACAAGACUCUGAGCCUGACAUAUUCCGUAUGGCCAAGAUUUAGUUCUUUCGCAGACAGUGACCCUGAUGACAACCACUUGAGUAUUGUUACCCUGGAGGAGGCCCCCUUUGUCAUCGUUGAGGAUAUGGAUCCUUUGACAGAAACUUGUGUAAAAAAUACUGUGCCAUGCCGUAAAUUUGUCAAAAUUAACAAUUCAACUAAUGAAGGAACUAACAUAAAGAAAUGUUGCAAGGGAUUCUGCAUUGACAUCCUGAAGAAAUUAUCUAGAACUGUGAAGUUCACAUAUGACCUAUAUCUGGUGACCAAUGGGAAGCAUGGCAAAAAGGUCAAUAAUGUGUGGAAUGGAAUGAUUGGUGAAGUGGUCUAUCAGAGAGCAGUUAUGGCUGUGGGUUCUCUUACAAUUAAUGAAGAGCGUUCAGAAGUGGUUGACUUCUCAGUGCCAUUUGUUGAGACUGGGAUAAGUGUCAUGGUGUCAAGGAGCAAUGGCACGGUUUCUCCAUCUGCAUUUCUAGAGCCUUUUAGUGCUUCUGUCUGGGUGAUGAUGUUUGUGAUGCUUCUCAUUGUGUCCGCCAUGGCUGUCUUUAUAUUUGAGUACUUUAGUCCUGUAGGAUAUAACAGGAACUUAGCAAAAGGGAAAGCUCCCCAUGGGCCAUCCUUCACCAUUGGAAAAGCAGUGUGGUUGCUCUGGGGCUUGGUGUUCAACAACUCUGUGCCUGUUCAAAACCCGAAAGGGACAACCAGUAAAAUCAUGGUGUCAGUUUGGGCCUUUUUUGCUGUCAUUUUCCUGGCUAGCUACACUGCCAACCUGGCUGCAUUUAUGAUUCAAGAGGAAUUUGUUGAUCAGGUGACUGGGCUAAGUGAUAAAAAGUUUCAGAGGCCAUAUGACUAUUCACCCCCAUUUCGAUUUGGAACUGUUCCAAAUGGGAGCACAGAGAGAAACAUCAGAAACAACUACCCAGAUAUGCACCUCUAUAUGACAAAGUAUAAUCAGAAAGGCGUUGAGGAUGCAUUGAUCAGCUUGAAAACUGGGAAGUUGGAUGCUUUCAUCUAUGAUGCAGCAGUGCUGAAUUACAAGGCUGGAAGAGAUGAGGGCUGCAAACUUGUAACAAUAGGCAGUGGAUACAUCUUUGCCACUACAGGCUAUGGAAUAGCUCUCCAGAAAGGGUCACCUUGGAAGAGACAGAUUGAUCUAGCACUCCUUCAGUUUGUUGGUGAUGGAGAGAUGGAAGAAUUGGAAACACAGUGGUUGACUGGUAUUUGUCAUAAUGAGAAGAACGAAGUCAUGAGCAGUCAGCUGGAUAUUGACAACAUGGCAGGCGUAUUUUACAUGCUCGCAGCAGCCAUGGCACUCAGCCUAAUAACCUUUGUCUGGGAACAUUUGUUUUACUGGAAACUCAGAUUCUGUUUCACUGGGGUCUGCACAGACAGGCCAGGAUUGUUGUUCUCAAUCAGUAGGGGUAUUUAUAGCUGUAUUCAUGGAGUGCACAUUGAGGAAAAAAAGAAAUCACCUGACUUUACUCUGACCAGCUCCCAAACCAACAUGUUAAAACUACUGCGAACAGCCAAAAAUAUGACCAAUAUUAAUCCUUCAAGAAUUAAUUCCCCCAAAAGAACAGGUGAUUUUAUUCAAAGGGGUUCACUAAUUAUGGACAUGGUCAUGGAUAAGGGGAAUUUGAUAUUCUCUGAAAACAGGUCUUUUCAGCCAAAGGACAACCUUUUUGGUGACAAUAUGAGUGAACUGCAAACAUUUGUCAGCAACCGACACAAAGACAAUCUUAACAACUAUGUUUUCCAAGGUCAGCAUCCUCUCACACUAAAUGAAUCAAAUCCAAAUACAGUGGAAGUUGCUGUUACAGCAGAAGCAAAAGUAAACUCCAGACCCAGGCAGCUUUGGAUGAAAUCUGUGGAAUCUUUACAUCAAGAAUCGAUUCUUCAGAGCCAAGGUUCACAGAGAGAAAAUGGUUCAGAAGAAAAUAGGCAGCAUUCUGUGAAGAGACAGAGAUACCUUCCUGAGGAGAUUGUCCAUUCGGAUGUAUCAGAGACCUCAAGCAGAACCACUUGCCAUAUGGAACCCGAAAAUAAUAACAAACACCACAAAACCAAGGACAAUGUUAAAAAAAAAUCAGUGGUGUCAAAAUACCCAAAGGACUGUAGUGAUGUGGAGCUGACAUACCUGAAAACUAAACAAAGCACUCCUCGGGAUAAAAUUUACACAAUUGAUGCUGACAAGCAGCCAGGUCUCCACCUGAACCCACCCCAAUAUAUUGAAAAUAUUGUCCUUCCAGAGACUGUUGAAUUCCCUGCUGUUUACCAAGAUCACAAUGACAACUACAGGAAAGCAGAACACGGUAACAGGACUCCUUUGCAUAAUGAAGACAGUCUUCCAAAUAAUGACCAGUACAAACUUUAUUCAAAGCACUAUACCUUAAAAGAUAAAAAUGCUUCGCUAGGCGAGGUGAAUGAUAGAUACAGACAAAAUUCCACCCAUUGCAGGAGCUGUCUUUCAAAUCUGCCCAGUUACACAGGCCAUUAUUCAAGCAGGUCUCCCUAUAAAUGUGAUGCUUGCUUGCGGAUGGGGAACCUAUAUGAUAUUGAUGAAGAUCAAAUAUUGCAGGAAGCAGCCAACUUGGAGCAUCCUGAAGAAAUGUAUGAGCAUGACUGGGUUCAGAAUAAUGCAAUCCAGCAUCAGAAAAAGGAUAAGAUGAGGAUCAGCAGGCAACACUCUUUUGACAACAUCCCCGAUAAGUCCAGGGACAUAGAUAUUGGAAGGGCUGCUCGCAGCAUAAGCUUGAAAGAGAAGGAGAGGUUUCUAGACUGCAGCUCAUAUGCAAACACAUUUCAUGUCCCCCCAAGCAAACUGUUGAGUAACAAGAGCUCACUUGUAACGCAAACUCUGAAGGACAGUAAGCGGAGCAAAUCCCUGUAUCCUGAUCACUCUGCAGAUAACCCUUUUCUGCACUCCUAUCGUGAUGACCAGCACUUAGUUUUUGGCCGAAGUCCUGCUGAUCUUUACAAACAAUCAUUAGCAGCAAAAGCAAGAAAUGAUAAUUAUUCAAGGUCAUCAAUAAAGUCCACAGCAUCAUAUAGUUCCCGAGAUGGCCAGGUCCAUAAUGAUAUGUACCUUUCAGAGCAUGUUAUGCCUUAUGUUGCAAAUAAGAAUAGUGUGUACUCAACUCCAAGAGUUUUAAAUUCCUGCAGCAAUAGACGUGUGUAUAAGAAAAUGCCUAGUAUUGAAUCAGAUGUUUAAGUUUCCCAUUUACACUUUAUCUAUAGGGAAACAUAGUUGCCAUCAUCUUAGAGGCAAAGAGUGUAUUCUUAAACAGUACUAUGAUAAUAUGCAAAACCCUCAGUACUUGAAUAGGUAAGAGGAUAGGACAUCUUUUUAGAUGUAUCCAGGGUUUGUUGAAAACUGGGGGGAAGCCAUUUAUAUAAAUGGAGGUUGAAUUGAAGAGCCCCAAGUUACACAGGCUCUGACUUUUAUUUUUCCCAGGAGGUGCUCCACCUCCCCUCUCCCCGAGCGCCUGUUGGUGGCUCUGCCCAACAGCUCUGGGUGGUGGGUGCUGAGCACCCCCUAUUUUUUUCCUAUAGGUGCUUGAGCCCCAGAGCACCCACUGAGUUGGCACCUAUGCCAAGAUAUGUUGGCAACUAUGCUAUUUUGUAUUUUGAUUAUUUUACUGUUUUAGUUAUGCUAAAUUCUGUUAUUGAGCAUCACUCAAUGUAUUUCCGUCAUCAGGAAUGUUUAAUGGUUUUCUAAUACUGGAUGAGCAAUAUGGUAUGCAUGUAGUUUGACAGACAAAAAGAGUGAAGAGCGCAUUUGCACUGUAACUAAAUACAGGCUUGUAAAAGAAUAGAGAGCUAGACUUUCAAAACUAUAUUUUUAGUUUCAUAUUUGUUUUCAAACAUCAAAAUAAUUAAAAAGAAAAAACUCAGGGCCCUAAAAUGGAAUAAAAAACUGUGUUAGCACAAAAAUGUUAUGCUCAUUCUAAUCUCAUAAAGAUAAAUGUGGAAAAUAUAGGCCCAAACUGUUAUGUAUCAAAAGGAAGACAUAUGGAUAUUGGUUAAUGCUGGUGUACAAAUGCUUUCAUUAUAUUUCAUAAGCACUUACAGUUACAAACUCAGUUACUAAAAAAUUCUGCAGUCUCAUUGUGCAGUCAAAA